AUGACGCACCACGCCUCGCUAUGGCUGCGCCUCGUCCCCGCGAUCGCUCUCAGCGGCGCGACCUACCACUUCAACGCCUUCUGGUACAGCCAAAAUCCCGUGCCGAUGGCCAAGCAGUGGAACGAGGCCGUCGAGGCCAGCAACCAGCUGCGCACCUGGCUGCUCGUGCUGGCGGGCGCGUGGUGGGUCGUUGCUGUGCUGGCUUUAUUUGGGUGA